CAUUCAUUUACAGACCUCGCAAAAAGGCGCUCCUGAGCAGCACAGCGGCGGAGGCGGUAGUGGGAGCCUUUGGCGGAGCAGCGACACGGAACAUCGACGCUGCCACAAGAGCGCAGGUGUGACUAGCAACAGUUGUUAUAUGGACGCGUGGGCCAAGGCGGAUCAGGCAAGGUUCGGCUCGGCAGUCCAGCGCGGAAGCCAGUGACAACAACUCUUCCACGAGCAACAAGUGUUUGCCGCCGCGGGAAUGGUUUCGCGAGGUCAGCAAGGAAGUGGCUCCCUUACGUGGCUCCUGGUGGGUGCCGUGUCGCUGGUGCUGGUGGCGCGUGUGCAGCCUUACCCGGGCUACGUGGAGCGGCUGCCCAGCGUGCGGCGAUACCCCCAGACGCAGCAGCAGCAAGGCCCGGGGGAAAGUGAGCCCUUCGCCGGCACCAACAACGACUACGUAGAAGACGACGACGACGAGUUAGGUUAUUCCAAAAAAUAUGCCUACGACACCCUCAUGGCAGGGAGAGAGCCAGACAUCUUCCCCUACGACCAGGCGGAGGCAAGCAAUAAAAACCUGCAGCAGAUAUUACGAUCGUUUCGCCCAGUUGUUGGCGGGACGUAUCCCUCAGACCGCGUCCUUCCCUGGGACGACCUGCACGAGCUGGGCCUCAAGGGCGGCAGGUCGGCGGAGGACCAGCUUUCAGCCCCGGACACCAGCCUCACCCAGCUCUCCUUCGCCAAGCACAGACAAAAGAGAGAGAGAAAAUGGCAUUGUGGGCUGUGGAUGCCGAUCUGUCCUUUCUCAGGGUGAUGUGCCACUUUAAAAUCUGCAACAUGGGGCGACGUCGGAGGGCCCGCCACUCUAACCCCCUGCAAGGCUGGCUCUCCUAACAGCCUACCCGAAGCCUGGACCACCACCGCCGCCACCGCCAAGCCCCAUCGCACAUCCCAGGACUGUUUUUCCUGAGGCGCCUCGCGGGUGUUACGUCUGACCAUCCAGUUUGCAUAAUAAUUUCACAGUCGGUCGUCGGCUGUCCACCUCUAGCCUCCCUCGUACUGUUGUUUCCCCCCACGAUAAUAACCUCCCGUCAAGGGAGGUUAUUAUCGGAGAGUCUCCGACGCCCAGACUUGUGACCAUCCCGCCGGGCGAGGGCAACUUCCACCCUGACCGGCACAGCGCUCAUCGAGGGUCAACUUGUGAAUUAAGGUUGUGCCUCAGCUCCUCCCCCUCCUCCUCCUCCCCCGCUCCGCCAACCACACCUGCACCACACCGCCACGCUACCCAAGGUAAUAGACGAGGCUAAGGAAGUUCAUGUUCGCUAGUAUUCUUGGAAGAACACGACGAUCUCCUUAGUCACACACACACACACACACACACACACACUAACAAAUACGCGCACACGCAUGCGCUCGAGCGCUUGCGCACACACACACACACACACACACACACACACCCGAGUGAGCAAGCGCGCUGGAUACUCAUGGGUCCUGCUGCUUCUUCCCUGACUCCUGCACCUCCAGGCUGGCUCCUAAGGACACUGGUAACCCUAAAAGGGUCUGGCAGCCAUUGCAAACCAUGACAGCUGCCUGGGGGCACCUGGCGAUCUGUGCUCCACUCAUGUAGCCGCCAGCAUCUAUUAGCGACAAAUAUAAAUUUUUCAGGGACUUUAAUGACCAUCUUUUAUUGUAGCUAACACAGAGACCACUGACGAUUAUUUGAAAACCAAUAAAACCAUAAAUGUAAAAUUGCUUUCAUAUUUCUGCUCUUCGUUCUCCUCCCUCGUUUUCGUUUUCAUUUUCACCUACAAUUUUUUUUUUUUUUUUUUUUCGUGGAUAUAUUCUUCAGUCACAAACACAAUUAUCUUACCGAUGCAUGAUGUGAGUCAGGCUGAGAGGUGUGUGAAGGCAGGAUAGUAGCGGCGCGCCUCGGCCACGCCAGCAGGCGGGAUGGAGCAGAUAUCUCGCCCAGGGCCGCUGUCUGUUUCAUAUUAAAUAACAAAUAACGAAAAUGAAUUGAACAAAUUAUAAACAAAGUUUUGAGUAGCACAAAGUGUCCUCGUGUAUAUGUACGGUGAAUUAUGUAUAACAAGAGUAUGGUCAACAAAUAAAUGAUUUCCAAGACAUAUAAAAUGUGUGUGUGUGUGUGUGUGUGUGUGUGUGUUGCCCUGAGCGAAGCCUGCUCCGCGUCUCAGGGCGGCGUCCUUCCCCGCCUGUGCCGUGGCCACUCCAGGCCGAGCGGUGGAGCUGCCGUGGAGUCUGGCUGGAGUGUAGGUGUUCCACCUUCCUCCCAUUUUACUCUUAAUUUAUCGAUGAAUAAACUAUGAUCAAUCAAAAUGAAGUCUGC